UUAAAUCUAAACGCGAUGAAUCUAGUGACAGUGUUAAUGGUGUGCCUGAUGGCCAUCAGUGCCUGGGCGGAGGUGGAAAGCAAAUCCAAACCCGGCCGCGGACGGGGCUCGAUGUGGUGGGGAAUCGCGAAGGCGGGCGAGCCGAACAACAUCUCUCCGCUGGCGCCCGGCAUAACGUACAUGGAUCCGGCCAUCCACGCCACCCUGCGGCGCAAGCAGCGCAAGCUGGCGCGCGAAAACCCCGGCGUCCUGGCCGCCAUCGCCAAGGGGGCCAACCUGGCCAUCAACGAGUGCCAGCACCAGUUCCGGACGCGCCGGUGGAACUGCUCGACGCGGAACUUCCUGCGCGGCAAGAAUCUGUUCGGCAAGAUCGUCGAACGAGGUUGUCGUGAGACGGCAUUCAUCUACGCGAUCACCAGCGCCGCGGUAACGCACAGCGUCGCACGUGCCUGCAGCGAGGGCUCGAUCGAGUCGUGCACGUGCGACUAUUCGCACCACAACCGCGAGCCGCAGAUGAACAACAUGGGCGGGGUGGCGGGCGUCGGCGACUGGGAGUGGGGCGGCUGCAGCGACAACAUUGGUUUUGGGUUCAAGUUUUCCCGCGAGUUUGUCGACACGGGCGAGCGCGGUCGGACGCUGCGUGAGAAGAUGAACCUGCACAACAACGAGGCGGGCCGAGCGCAUGUGCAGGCGGAAAUGCGACAGGAGUGCAAGUGCCACGGCAUGUCCGGCUCGUGCACGAUGAAGACGUGCUGGAUGCGGCUGAACAGCUUCCGUACGAUCGGCGACAUCCUGAAGGACCGCUUCGACGGUGCGUCCCGCGUGAUGGUGAGCAACAGCUUGCGCAGCCCGAACGUGAACGAGAACACGCUGACGAACCGGGCCGGCUCGUCGGGCAACCUCAAGACGAACGCGAACGCCGUCGGUGGGGGUGUCGGGGGUGCCAGCCCCAACAGCGUGCUGAGCAACUCGAUACACGCCCGCGGCCACCAGCAGAAGCGCGUCAAUCGAUACAACUUCCAGCUGAAACCGUACAAUCCGGAGCACAAACCGCCGGGCUCGAAGGACCUCGUCUACCUAGAACCGUCGCCCGGCUUCUGCGAGCGCAACCCGCGCCUCGGCAUCCAGGGCACGCAUGGGCGCCAGUGCAACGACACCUCGAUCGGGGUGGACGGGUGCGACCUGAUGUGCUGCGGGCGGGGCCACCGGACGCAGGAGGUGACGGUGGUGGAGCGCUGCUCCUGCACCUUCCACUGGUGCUGCGAGGUCAAGUGUAAGCUGUGUCGGGCGAAAAAGAUCAUCCACACGUGUCUGUAA